ACACACACACACACACACACACACACACACAUGGUAGAUUUAUUGUCUAGAAAAUUUGACUGAUGAUACCCGUACAACUUCUCUAUCUGCCGAGGAUCUUGAUGCAGCAAUUGAGGAAAUGGUCCAGCUGAGAAAGCCAAUGGAUAUAGACGUCAAGAAAAACAUAUCAGUGGCACAACAACGUCAAAAAGCUCAGUAUGAUGCCAGACACAGAAAAGGCGAAUACAAAGUUGGAGACAUGGUACUUCUAAGAAAUAUGAAGAAACUCUCUCGCCAAGGAAGCAAAGCAGCAGAAGCAUGGUCGGGACCAUACAAAAUCACUGAGAAGGCUGGCAACCAUACCUAUUAUUUGAAAUGGAGUGGUGAUGUUAAGGCCAACAAGACCCUCUACAGCUCUACAAGACUCAAACCAUAUAAUGUACGACAGCAAUUAGGUAGAAGGAGUGUUAAAACAGAAGACAGACACCAAGACUCGUCAGUUGACAGGCCUAUUCCAGUUUUGCUACAAACAUCAAAUGCAACAGAAUCCUUAGAUAAGGCUUCACCGCUACCUUGUGGAAAAGAUGAUCAUAAAGCAAAAGCACCAAAGAGCUAUGUUAAAGUCACGUUAGGCUGCAAUCUUCAAUGGAGCCAUCCUUCUGAGGACCUGUUGGACCAAGAACGAUUGCAGUGCUGCUUGGCCUCCCUGGGAUUCAGAGCAUACAAUGUUCUUGGAGAUGGCAAUUGUCAGUUCAGGGCUGUUGCACACCAGAUCUAUAUGGCAGUGAGACAUACCACGCUGCUGUCAGAAAACAAGCAGUUGACUUUAUAGCAAAGUGUCAUGGCAGGCACCAUAUGAUUUAAAAUACUAGCUGCUGUGAGAUAGCAAACUCAAUUGCACACAAAAUAAUUGUUAGAUAUGAACCAUUUAUGACAGUGCCUUACAGCAAUUAUGUGAAAGAGAUGGCUGCAACUGCUUGGGAAGACCACCUAACACUUGACUCCAUAGCAAAUGUCUAUAACGUAAGAAUAUGGUGCAUUGAAUCUGCAUCCCAAUAUGAAUGCGCGAUGGUGGCUCCCCAAAGAGAACUUCCAACAACAGGUGACAUAUAUCUUGGCCACCUCGCAGAAAAGCACUACAUAUCAGUAGUACCGACUCAGGUAUAUAUUGGGUAUGGCCUUAUAACACAGAAAUUGGAUCAAUCUUAGAUCUUUCAGGAACCCAACGGGUGUGAACCACAACAUUCUAUUCCCAGUAGGCUGGCAGAUGUUGAUAGAUUUUUUAUCAUUUUGAUUCUCAGGCAUUUUUGUCUUCUAAUUUCUUGCAGGCCCAUUGCCCUUGCCUCUUGUCAUGGACCAUUCAUACUCCGUAGCAGCUCCGUUUGAUCUAUUUUAGACCAUUCAUACUGUGCAGCAGGUGCAUCUGUGUCAACUGAACAUCAGUCAGUUGCAAUUUUCAAGAAACAAAUCCCUCUGCAAGAGAGUGGAGAAGGACCAGAGUGGCUUUUUUUGAGUAGAGAAGAUGAAUUCCUGGUAGAUACUUAAAUAAUCAAGACAUGAUUGCUGUUGAGUAGAAUAGUCGACUACUGUAGGUGAAUGAAGUAUGGACAAGUGAAAGUCCAGAUAUGGUAGUGGGAUAUUGUUGUGAUGGUCAAGAACUGACUGUACGUGACUUGAGCACUCUAAAAAAAGACAGUAAUUGGCUCAAUAGUCAGGUGUGUGCUUUAAAUCAGUUGAAUAUACACAUAGUUAUGUAUAGUAAAGUUUCUUUGUUAUCAAGUUGUCAAUUCAUUCAUGCAAAACAUUGCAAUGGAAUUGAACAAUCAAGUAUAGUUAGUAAACUAAUCAAAAAUGAGUUAGGUUAGAGCUGAUUGAGUUUAGAGGCAUAACGUAUUCGCAUACAAUUCCUUCCUGUACAUGAAACUGGUUACGUAUGGACAAAAGCCACUGGAUCACACAUGGAAAUGGAAGAAGGUAUUUUACUUGGAAUUGAGUGUAACAUGAUGAGCAGAUAAUGGAAUAAUUAGAUGGCAAAUUUUUGUAUCCCUACUGAACCUUUCUUUUUUCUAGAAUGUCAACUUAUUUCAAUAUCACACAGUGGUAAUACCUAUCCAUCUUCCACGCCAUUGGACUGUUAUGGGAGCCGUGUUCCUGACUGCAACAAUGCAAUCAAAUGUAACUGUACAUUGGAAGCAUGAUGUUUUGUCUACACGUACUACGCAUUAUGUUAUGCUGUACGGCAGUAUCCUUUUUCUGAUGUCAAAGAAGAGAAUCUUAAUUUAAUAAUGAUGGUUAUGAGCUUGCUAUGUAAAAGAUGAAACAGUAUGUGUAAAUGAACUCUGUUUUACAGGCCUACUACUAUAUUGUCAUACUUUUAAAUUGCUAGUUUUCAAGCUCAUGUUUGGUACUUAAUGUCUUUUAGUCUUGCUACAUCUUUGUUGUUGUAUAUCAGAACUGUUCUCUAUUUAAACAGUUGCAAAAUUGGUUUAAUUAAUCUAGCAAAAUUGGUUUAAUUGUCAGAUUAGGAUAAACCUAUUUCAUCAAUUCAGUAAA